GCUGAGCUUGUUCUCACUAAUGCGUUACGUUGCGCCACAUCGUCGCUUCACCCGUUCUCCGAAGAGGAGCAGAAGAACCACCUGUGUAGACACUGGUCGUCUGUCGACCCACGCAACCGCCCCCCUGCGGCGGUCGAGGCCCUCGCCGCCGAGAUGGUGGCAGCCCUGCACGGCGCAGCGGGGCGCGGCCAACGCAGCCUGCUGGACGUCCCGCUGCACGCGCAGAUGGCGGCGGAGGCGUAUGCAACGCAGGCGGCACAGGCCCUGGGCACAGGGGUCAGCCUGCUCCCGCAGUCCGGCUUCAGUCUCUACCAGCUCUACCGUCGCUUCGUGGAGAGGAAGAGAGACUUGUACGAGAGAGGCUUUGGACUGAAAGAUGCAAAUUUUGACAAUCUACCAUUUGCAGACAACUUCGAAGAGAUCCACCAAAACUGUGCUAUGCUCAUACUGGUUUCCGAUGGCACAUUGGACAAAGUUGAUUCGUCACCAUUCAAAGACUGCAUAGUCAAACAAAGACAUAAUCUGAUCAAAGAAAAAACCGGAAUCUUGUGGUUGGGAGAUGAUGAAAUGCCUCAUUUCCUGCAUUACACCUUUAUCGAAUACUUUGCGGCGCGUUGGCUGUUGGAAAACCAAGAGGAAGCACCAGAGGCGGUGAAGGAGAUAUGGCGUAGCCUCCUGAACCGCGAUGUGGGCGUGGGGGUGAGGCACAUCCUGGAGCACAUGCUGUCGGACGGGCUUCCGCUGCACCGGGCCGCGCUGGAGGGCAGCGAGGGCGCGCUGGAGGCGGCGCUGGAGGCUGGAGGCGACCCCGACGAGAGCGACCGCUUCGGCCGCACGGCGCUGGUGCAGGCGGCGUCGCUGGGCCGCGCCGACGCCGUGGGCGCGCUGCUCGCCAAGGGCUGCGACCCCGGGCGCAGGGACGCGCUGCUGGGCUGGACGGCGCUGCGCUACGCCAGUGCCUGCGGCCACCUCGAGGCGGCGGAGCGACUGCUGCAAGGGGGCGCCGAUCCCGAAGACUUUGUCGCUCAGGACAUCAACAUCUCUGACACUGUGCUCAAAGCUGCAGAGCUAGGUUGCUCGGAAAUAAUGGAUAUUAUAUUGAAGAAAGAAAAAGGAAGGUGUGUAGACAUUCGGUUCGGAAUGAAAGAGACGCCAAUAAUGAUAGCAACAGAAUGUGGACACAAAAAUACGGUACAUAUUUUAUUAAAGUACGGUGCAGACGUGGCGAAAAAAGACUUUUGGAAGAGACAAGCCCUUCACUAUGCAGCCAGCGGGGGAAAUAUUGCGAUAACGAAACUCCUCCUCGACAGCAAAGCUGAUCCUAAUGCAAGAGACAAUGAGGGCGUCACUCCGCUGAUGAGGGCAGCGAAGUCAGGUGACGCCCAAUCUACGGAGCUCCUCUUAGAACGUGGAGCCGACGUCAACCUAAAGGACGUACGCAACAACACAGCACUCCGUUAC